UUCUUGUUCUCUUUUCUCAAUAGACGUAAAUAAAGGAACUGAAAUAACACUUUAUAAAGAACAAAACAACAACAACAACAACAACAACAAAAAACACCCUGAGAAAGUAAAACAACAGUGAAUCGGGACCUUUGCCUUCUUUACAACUGUUUGAACGGGAGUUAACUGGUUUUCAUUUGUCAACUGAUUGUUAGCAAUUAAGAAUUAAUUAACCUAACUUCCUAAUGACGUGAGAACUGUCCCCCAUAAGCACAAUUCAAUAAGCGCUUAGCCAUGCAACUAAUAAGGAACCUGAUGUUGAAUUGCAUAUUUUAAGAGCCGUGUGCAACAAACUAACUGCUAUUGAUCAUGUGAUCCUGAAUACAUAGUUUAUAAAGUUCGACCACUAACUGCAGAGUGUUUGUGGCAUCAGAUCAUCGCCUGUCUUGGCUCCGUGGUCCAGGACCCCUGUUGAUAAAGGGUACGGGCGUUGCGCGCCCUCUCUGUCUUCCAACCAGUUCACCCAUUUAUAUGUAAAUGAGCCAUGUAUACAGCCGCAGAAAGGCCCCUCGGCAAUAACAACCCAUUCUCUGAAGGAGUCAACUACCGCACGGCCAUCUGUCCCCCACACGGACUCGAGCUAACGGCUCUUUGGAUCACACCCCAGCAGCCUCCUGGCCAAACUUCAACCAUGGCUCCGAUACGCAGCAAUACCAGCGGAAUGAAUGGAGGCGAUAGCGAAAUACAGUCUGACAGGAAGAUGAGGAAACCUCUCGUGGAAAAGAAAAGAAGAGCUCGCAUUAAUGAAAGCUUACAAGAACUCAGGGUUCUCAUCGCAGACUCAGACUUACAGUCGAAGAUGGAGAAUGCUGAAGUUUUGGAGGUGACGGUGAAACAUGUAGAAAGCAUCCUGCAGAACCGAGCACAAGAGGUGGACGCUCUGAACAGGGAGGCCAAGGAGCGUUUCGCCGCCGGUUACAUCCAGUGCAUGCAUGAUGUGCACACGUUUGUGUCCUGUUGCCCUGGAAUAGACCCCGCCAUUGCAUCUGAGCUGCUGAACCACCUCCUGGAGAGGAUGCCCCUUAAUGAUGAGGAGCAUCUUGAUGAAAACAAGCCAGCCUGUAACAGCACUUGGCCCCUCCCUGAGAGUAUGUACAGCACAGUGGUGUCCCCGGUCACUUCCAACACCUCCACUGAUGACCUCAGCUCCGACCUGGAUGAGACGGACUCGGAGCAAAACCAAGCUUCCUCCACAGAGGAGGUAGCUAGCCAGCCUGUAGCGUCUGGCGUAACUUUCUCAAAGCCAAUGUGGAGACCUUGGUGAAGAAUUUUGAAGAGGCUUGUGUAAACUAGAUGAUUGUUGGUUAUUGUUAGAAUGUGCUGGAUAGACUUUAGUUCACUACAAAACAUACCUGAAUAGGCAACAAUGCAAUGUCUCUGACAGUGGUUCUCUCUUUUUUUUUUAAAUUACAUACCACCUUGGUAAUUUCUCCAAGUAUCACCACCUUUAGGCUUUUUAACACAGUAAUAGAACAAAACUUGGAUCUUUUGAACUUGCUGGGUUGUGUCAUGGACACAAAAUCAUUCUCAUUUAUUGGCAAUGCAUCAUUGGUUGAAAAAUGUGUUUUAAAUACAUCCUCCAUUUUUACACCUAAGUUCUAAUUUCUGAGUUUAAAGAUGACAAAAAAAAAUUAAAAGAAAGUUGAAAUCUCCAACGGGGGGAUUCAGUGGGUCAGUGGGUGCUUACAAUCUCCAACCUGACAAUCCAAUAUGGCUGCCCUGACAUUAAAUUCAGCACGUCUGGCAACUUGGGUAUUAUUAAGCUAAGUCGCAAACAAUGCUGUACAAUCUUUUGUAAUUAACAUAUGGCAAUGUUUUUAAUGAAUAACAGCUAAUGUGCUUGCAUUUAGCUUAUAAACAAUUAUUUCAACAUUUUCUUUUUAAAAACCAAUAUUGUCAGUCCAACUAUCACUAGUCGUACAUGUACCACAGUUUGAGAACCAUAUGUCUAAAGACUAUGACACUGUUGUGUUGGUGGGAUUGACGCUCCAUAUAAUUGCACUUCUAUUUAAUUGAAUCGCUGGCUCACAGAGUACUGUAUAAUGUCCAUUUGUGAAUACUUUCUAUACCAGACCAAUUGCAGUUAGACAUGCAGGAUGAGUCUGGACUUCUAUUGCUAAAAUUAGCUAUGCUUUAGCACAACAGCUAGCACUGGUUUUCUGACAUCCUACCAUAUCAAUAUCUACUAACAUAGCGUUGUGUUCCAAUAAACAUUUUCAGUUUAUUUCUAUUUAACUAAUUGAAUAAGCUAAAACAGCAGUUAUGCCUGACUACUUCUUAGCAUACGGCUGAGGACUUUUUUAUGACACAAUAUGAGAAUUAUCAACAAAACGAAAGAUAACAGAAAUACAAGGGCAGCAUUUUCAGAGAAUUGCUUAAGCAAAGAUUAAAAUCUGUAAUUAGGAAACUGUCAACUGGGAACAAUUGCUCUGGGCUUUCUAAGCAGCAUAAGCAACGUCUGUGUUGAAACUGUUGGGUGACAAAACGCUGAAAACAAAAAUGACGUUUCAUUCAAAUUAUUUUAAAAUUUGCAUAUGACUGUUUUUGGGCAGAGGAGGAACCACAUCCUGAGCAUCUCCAACAUGCUUUGAAAUGCACCUUUCAACCAACUAUCUGGUGGAAAUGGGUCAUUAUAAAGGAAAAACACUCAAGGAAUCAAGAUCCCUGUCCUGUUCUGUUCCGUUUUAAAAUUAUUUUAAUGUCAUUACUUUAAAAUUUUAUUAAGUCUUUAAAAAAAAAAAAAAAAGCUUGGGAACCACUUCGGCUAAGACAUAAAGAAGCUCUUUGUAAAAUGUAUCAAAGCUGCAGUGGAAGUAUUUAAUGUUGUAAAAUAUAAUAAAAACAGUUGCAGAGAUCAUUGAUGUGUACAUUAUGCAUUUAAAAGUGUAUAGGCUUACCUUAAUAAUGUGGUGAAUGCAUUUGUAAAUAUGUACUUGUUAACAUUUAGUUGUUCCUCUCCAGAAAUAUUGUUAGUUAAAUUAUUUCCUAUUUAGAAAGUCAAGGACUGUGUAUUUAUAGUGCAUUAGUAAGCUACCUUAUCCAGUUUAAA